UAUACAUACUUGUAUUAACUGUAUAUACACUUGCAUACAUAUAUACACACCUAUAUAGCUACCUAUAUGCAUAUACAUACAUAUACAGCCAUGCAUUUUACUAUAACUCCAAACGAACGUUAGAAUUUUUUGCUCGCUGCCGCGACGUCAACGGAAAUUACACACACAACAUUAACGUGCUGCUGAAAUAAUAACAACAGCAACAAAAAUACUUAUAACAACAAAUACAUGAUUUUUUAUUUGACUGCCUUUCUUCCUUUUUUGUUUUUUGCUUACCUUACACCUUGCUUCCGCGCCUGACUGCUUGCUUUCUAGCGCUAACGUUCGUCCGCUUCCGGUUAGCGGCUCAAAUUCUGUUCCGAUUCCUGGCACAACUACAACUACGCGCAUAUAUAAAGUAGCACUGUUUCAUUGCCAGCGCGUUCCGUUCUUGUCUAAUUGGCCGUACAAACUCAUGCAACCAACAACAAAAUACAAAACUAGCGAAGAAAACGGCGGCGCGACUGCAGAGGAAACGAAAAUCCUCCCUCGUUCGCGCUGUAGUCACAGUGCUAGCAGUUAGCCAGCCAGCGAGUCGGUCUAGCCUAGCCGGGUCAUGCAUUUCGAAUUCAGUUAGUCAGUUUAACGCAUACGCUCGCAGGGCUAACAUGUAGUCCUGCGCCUCCAACGCAACGUUCAACGAUCAACAGUUUUGUUUUAAUUUUGCUUUCUUUUCGCUGUUCAUGUUUUAAGUAAAAUUUAUUAUCAUUUUGUGUUGAAGCAGUGGCUCAUAUUUGUGGCGAAGUGGCAGUGUGAAAUAUUACCAGUACGGGCAGACAACUUUUUUAUUUAUUACAAUUGGUUUUUGAAGACGGCAUACAUUUUUAAAUACAUACAUUAUAUAAUAAAAAGCUGUGGACGAGCGCAUUCUUGGGUUCAUACUAUUUUUUGGGUGCUUUUUUGAGCACACUCAACCAAAUCCCCUCCUUAUGGCUGCCCAACAGAACUCCACACUCAUCUACGACAAUUUGGAUGAGUGUCCCUCAUUGCUAAAAGAACCCGACGAACUGAGCAGUUAUAGCCCGAUCUUGCCUUUGAAAAAUCAAAACACUGCCCUUAAACAGCAAUUGAAACAAGCGGAUAACAACAACAAUAAUAAUGACAAUAAAAAUUCAAUUGUUAAAGAAUUUCAUAAAUAUCGAAAAUACACGAAGGGUCGUCAUCGCGGAAAUUAUGCAGCGAGUAGCUGCAGCACGAAGAGCAGCCGGAGUCGUACGAUAUCUUUGAGUGGUGUUAAUAGCACUGAGGAGCAAGGCCACAAGGAGAUACCCAUUUGGCUGGGAGAGGAACCACGUUACGUGUCCGGCGUAAAUAAGCGCACCACCUGCAAUGACAUUAUUAAAGCUUUGAUUGAUGACGAAAUCCGUAAUGGCGGCAAUCACGAUUAUUUUGCUAAUCGUAACAAAUCUGGCGCAGCAUCGCGUGACUACAACGAUUAUGUUAUAACGGAAAGUUGGCGCGGUAUCGAGCGCAGCUACGAUGGCAAUAUGGCAAUUUUGCCCGUUUGGAAGGCCUGGAGUCGUGUGCACAAUGAGAUCCGGCUUAGCCUCAAGCACCACAAAGAUGUCGCAGAGCCACCGCCACCAAAACCAAGCACUAACUGGUUCCAGACUUUACGAAAGUAUUUUGCCAAACUAUUGAAAUUCCCGAAACGAAAUCAAAAAAUGCUGCCACCUGCUAUAAACAAGCAACAAAAUGUACUUUUGCCAAUCAAAGAGGAAGAAAGCCCCGAUGAAAUCAUCUUCGUUCUAUUACCCGACAAAAAAUAUGACAAUUCAUCGGCGUCACCGAAAACCAGCAAUCCUUUACAAUCCGCUUACAAUAUGCACGAUCCCAUUACAAAAGCUGAGAUGUUAAAAAGAAAGCUCUACAGCCUAUCCGAGACGCGCGUGUCCAUGCGUCGCAAACGACGCGGCAACAAAACACCGAAGCGCAAAAAUCAGCAACCACGCGAAAAACUGCCAAAUCAAAUACACGAAGUGACAAACAACUGUAUACGCCGACGCAAAGAUGCGCCCUUCCGGCAUUCCCUGCGUCACAAGUUGGCGCAGAAGACCAACGAAAUCGAUACGCUCUACAAACGUGAAUACGAACUCACACAGCGUUUGACACACAAGUGCCAACUUCAUAAGCUGCACAACGAGUUGUACGCCAAGGCGGAUCAACAACUGGAAAUCUCGAUUGGCCAAAUACAACGCAAUGUCGAGCAGUAUGCCGAGCAAAUCAUACAAACGGAGCAGGAAUUGCGCGAGUUGAAGCAGGAAAUCAAGCAGGACAUAUCGAUUGUGAAUAACCUCAAGCGCAUGGCUUUAAGUAGCGCGGAGAGCGCAAACGAUUGUGGCAUACCGCUCAUGCCCAAAUUGGUGGAAGAAGUGCAGCAUAAACUGCAACCGCCGAGGAGCGAUGCCAAUGCGGAAAUGCAAUUUGUUGAUAAUAUUUAUGAGUUCUGUGACAACAAUGCCAGUAUGUUGGUAUAGAUUUGAGCAAGAAAUGCGAGUCUAAGUUGGUUACUGUUUUGACAGUUCGCCAUCGUACACUGUGUAGAAAUGUCAAAUUGAAAUCCGAGUUGCUUAAACACUCCUUUAAAAAAAGUAAUUCUUAAUUGUUAUAAAAUUUAAUUUUAAGCAUAUUUUAAAACAAGUUGAAAUUUUUCACAUACUGCCAAGUUUUUUAAGAAAAUAUGGUAACACCGAUUGUGCCUAAUUAAAAAAAGUAAGGACUCGCUUCUUUUUACACAUAUUCUAAAGUAAAAGUGGCAUAUUUUUAUUAUACGUUCAACUAAUUUUACAAAAAAAGUGCUACUAACAUGCCGACAAUAUUAGUAUUAAAUCAAAAUAUUAUCAAACCAAGAUACUACUUGUUACUAAAUAUAUAAUAAAAAAGUAGUUUUAAGUAUUGUGAACUGAUUUUGCUUAA